AACAACAGCAUAUUUUGGGCCUAUAAUUACAUACAAAUGCAAUUACAAAACAAAAAAUAACAGAAGAUAGGGAAAUUCAAAGGAAAAUAAAAUGAAAAAAGAGAAAUUUUUAUUAGUGAUAAAUCUCGGCCUGUCCUUUCUCCUUUCGUUCCAUUCUUUCCGCAAGAGAAAUCGAACGAAUUCGUCCAUUUUCCCAUUUUAAAACUCGUAUCGAUAUUCGCAAGAUUUCAUUUCCUUUUUUUUUCCUGCAUUUUUCACAACUCUGUAAUGGAGAAAAUGUAUAUCUAACCUACGCCGCUGCAGAGAGUACCUAGUUUGAAUAAAAAAAAAGAGAAAAUUUCACUGUCGGAGGAAGAAGAGAGUAGCUGUAGACUGUAGUAUUCUGUUAAUUUGUUUUCUGUCCUUCGCAAAUACCAAAGAUUUCUCAUUAUCCACAUUUCUUUGUUCCAUCGUGUGUUAUUUUCGAUUACUAAGAAGCUGUGUAUCUUUGAAUUUUUGUUCGUGGAGCUCUGCUCGAAUCCUCGAAUCAAGAUAUUCUCAGAGGAAGGAGCUCAAUUUAGGGUUUUCUAUCUUUCUCCAUUGAAAGAAAAAAAAGAGAAAAGCUAGGGCUUUUUGAGAGAUCUGUAGUUGUUGUUAUCCGAUUUUCUUUUUAUCUAAUGGGGAAGGGGAAGGUGGCAGUUGGAGCCGCGGUGAUUUGUGCUGCGACUGUAUGCGCAGCGGCAGCGCUUAUCGUGCGUCAUCGGAUGCGAUGCUCAGGUCGUUGGGCCCGGGCGAUGGCCAUACUGAAGGAAUUCGAGGAGAAGUGUGCGACGCCGAUUGGGAAGCUCAGACAGGUGGCCGAUGCCAUGACAGUUGAGAUGCAUGCUGGCCUUGCUUCUGAGGGAGGGAGCAAGCUCAAGAUGCUUAUCAGCUAUGUCGACAAUCUCCCUACAGGAGAUGAGAAAGGAUUAUUUUAUGCCUUGGACCUUGGUGGAACAAACUUCCGGGUGUUGCGAGUACAGUUGGGUGGGAAUGAUGGACAAGUUCUCAAGCAAGAAUUUACUGAGGUGUCAAUUCCUCCACAUUUGAUGACUGGGGGUUCAGAUGAGCUUUUUGAUUACAUUGCAUCAGAACUUGCAAAAUUUGUUGCUAGUGAAGGUGAAGACUUUCAUCUUCCUCCUGGUAGACAGAGAGAACUGGGUUUUACCUUCUCAUUCCCAGUGAGGCAAAUAUCAAUAGCAUCCGGAAAUCUAAUUAAGUGGACAAAAGGUUUCAAUAUUGAGGAUACGGUUGGCCAAGAUGUGGUUCUGGAACUAACUAAAGCCAUGGAAAGACAAGACCUUGACAUGCGUGUGGCUGCUCUAGUUAAUGACACAAUUGGAACACUAGCAGGAGGUAGGUACACAAACAAUGAUGUUGUUGCUGCUGUGAUCUUGGGAACUGGAACCAAUGCAGCUUAUGUAGAGCGUGCACAUGCAAUUCCCAAGUGGCAUGGGCUUCUACCUAAAUCAGGAGAGAUGGUUAUUAACAUGGAGUGGGGUAACUUCCGGUCGUCCCAUCUUCCUCUGACAGAAUAUGAUCAUGCAUUGGAUUCAGAGAGUUUAAACCCUGGUGAACAGAUAUUUGAGAAGAUUAUUUCUGGAAUGUACUUAGGAGACAUUGUACGCAGAGUCUUGUUAAGGAUGGCUGAGGAAGCUGCCUUUUUUGGUGACACUGUUCCAUUGAAACUUACAGUUCCAUUUAUACUGAGGACGCCUGACAUGUCUGCCAUGCAUCAUGACACCUCUUCAGAUCUCAAAGUGGUGGGGAGCAAAUUGAAGGAUAUCUUAGGGAUAUCUAAUACUUCCUUGAAGACAAGAAGAGCCAUUGUUGAGCUCUGUAACAUUGUUGCAACGCGGGGGGCUCGCCUUUCAGCAGCAGGAAUGUUAGGCAUCCUGAAGAAAAUGGGCAGAGACAUAAUAAAGGAAGGGGAGAAGCAGAGGACAGUUGUAGCCAUGGAUGGUGGGCUGUAUGAACAUUACACCGAAUUCAGAAAUUGUCUAGAAAAUACUCUCAAAGAGUUGCUGGGAGAGGAAGCCUCUGAGAGUGUUGUCGUUGAACAUUCCAAUGAUGGCUCGGGUAUUGGAGCUGCCCUUCUUGCAGCCUCUCAUUCCCAGUAUCUGGAGGUUGAGGACUCCUGAGAAUGAUCAACAAGAAGCUAGUAACUUGUUGCAGAGGAAAUAGUGAAUUUUUAUUACUCUUUUUUAUCCAUUUCUUCUUCCCUUUUAUCCCCUUGUUUUCUUUUUCACUUCUUACCUAGAUUAGCGUUAGGCCUUUACGUUUCUUUUUCAUAUUUGGAGAUUGUUCCAGCAAACCUUAUAUUUAUGGCUUUUGCAGAAUAUGAUUAUGAGAGGUAGAUUAAAUGUAUAAUUGCAGGACCUGGAAAUGGUGCAUUUGAACUUUCCCACUUCGGCCUGUCAGUUUGCCUCUUCCGUCCUGUUUCCUACAUGCCAUUUGUAAGGUUGGGGUUGCGUUGGGGGGCCGUGGGUUGGUUAAUAGUGAAGUACAGUGUAACUUCAGUGUCUGGAGAAUAAAACUGCGAAAUGUGUCUUUAUCCUGCUUUAAGGCAGCUACUUUUACUCCAAUGCUAAACCAGGAUUUUUAUUGUUGAAUGAAUGUUUUUGCUUGACGUA